GCAAUAUUUGAUCUCGAAUGAGAAAUGAGAAUGGCCACAUCAUCUCCAGUGAGUCACGCCACCUUUUUGGCGUCAUCCCUUCUCUUACUUGCAUAUUCCUCAAGAACAAGUAAACUGGAAUUCCAUCAAAAUUAACCGAACUAUCAAUUUUUCGAACCCACGAACAGGCCAAACCAAACAGUAGAAAAACCAACUUUCCUAAAAGGCUUAAAUUUACAAUAUUUGAAUUCAAUUUGCAUAUCCCCAAAGAGGUGGCGUGGUUGAGAGUUGGACCGACUCCCAUAGUUUUUACUUUUUAGUUUUUACCCACAGGCCAGAGGCACCAGCUUAAUCUGUACAGUUGGCACACUUUGGCGCUGCAAUGGCAUUAUCGAGUGUUUCCCCACUUUAUAUCUCAAAGUCUCCAAAUCAUCUACGAUCUCUGUCCAAACCCUUCACCGUCGUCUGUAGGAUUGAGCGCCAAAGGGAAAAUAAUUGGCGCGGGGAAGCGAAUGCAGAGUCGAAGAAGUGGCAAAGACUGGUUUCAACCGCACUGGCUGCCGCAGUGGUUACCCUCAGCCCGGUGAUGCCUGCUGUUGCGGAUCUCAAUAAGUAUGAAGUCGAGACUCGGGGUGAAUUUGGGAUUGGAUCAGCAGCCCAAUUUGGUUCUGCAGAUCUCAGGAAAGCAGUUCAUGUGAAUGAAAAUUUCAGAAGAGCCAAUUUCACAUCUGCCGACAUGAGGGAGUCUGAUUUCAGUGGUUCAACAUUUAAUGGUGAAUACCUUGAGAAAGCUGUUGCAUACAAGGCGAGUUUAACAGCUAGGCAAUACAAAUCCCAGGAUGGGGAGGUUCUUCUUAUUCUUCUUCUCCUUGCUGAAUUGGAACUCAAGCUUCUUCCAGAGGAUUUGAGCCCUCCAAUCUCCUUUUCAAGGGCCGGAUGCACCCCAUGCCAGACCAUAUAAAAUGGUCUUGCAUCCUUCUACGGGUCUUUGCGUUCUAAGGGGAUCACUGUCUGAGCCAUUAAAGCUGGGUCCAUGCACCGAGUCGGAAGCCUGGGGCUACACCCCCCAGAAGAUCUUAAUAAUAAAGGGAACAUACCUCUGCCUUCAAGCAGUUGGGCUGGGGAAGCCUGCAAAACUUAGUGUGAUAUGUUCUAACCCAGGGUCAAAUUGGGAAAGCAUUUCAGAUUCAAAGAUGUACCUGUCAACUAAGCUGGGGAAUGGCACCACUGUUUGCUUGGAUGUAGACUCCAGCGACGACAUUGUCACAAAUUCCUGCAAGUGCUUGAGUAGAGAUGAUAUGUGUGAUCCUGGGAGCCAGUGGUUCAAGAUUGCUAACAGCACAGAUAUUACAUCAAAACCGAUUCUUCGGUUAGCUCCAACUUUGAACGAUGGAUUACACCGAAGAGAGGAUGAAUAGGCGUUUUUACAAAUUCGAGAUGGUUGUUUUGCAAUCUUUUCAACAAACGAUCAAAACCACAUGUAAAAAGGAUGUAUCAAUACUCUGCCUAUAUUUUAAUAAAUGCAAUUACUUGCAAA